UCCAUUUCGGUGUUCAGAUUUUACGUGAAGACUGUCAUUUAUUUCAUGACCAUGACUAUAGCCCUGGGUACUUGGCCUUUAUUCUUGUUCAGAAGGAAAGAUCUAAAAAAUUUAAGUUUUAUAUUCAAAACUCACAAUAAAAUAUGCCAAAUCUUUGGGAUUGAUAUCGAAAUUAUAGACAAAGAAAACCUUUUGAUCCACAAUUCCUGCGUUAUAAUCAGCAAUCACCAAAGUUCUUUGGACCUAUUAGCAUUGGCUAAAAUUUGGCCCGAUAAUUGCACUAUUAUAGCUAAGAAGGAGCUCCGAUUUAUGAUCCCUAUAGAAUUUUUUUCCAAUAAAACGAGAAUUAUGUUUAUUAACAGAACUCAAACAGACAAAUCCAAAAUGCUUAUUGAUGAACUGGCUAGAAACAUGAAAAAGAAUCAUAUAAAAAUCUGGGUAUUUCCGGAAGGCACCAGAAACAAUUCACCAAAUUUUUUGCCCUUCAAAAAAGGAGCAUUUCAUUUAGCCAUAAAAGCCCAGGUUCCUAUAUGUCCAGUUGUGAUUUCUUCAUAUCGGCCAUUUUAUAGCAAAGAAGCAAAACGAUUUGAAAAGGGAAAAAUAACUAUGAUAUGUCUACCACCUAUCAUGACAACCAGCAAAACUCAAGAGGGUGUAAAUGAUCUUAUUCAUGACAUAAAGUCUGCAAUGGAAAAUACAUUUCGAAUUAAUAGUCAUGAUCUUAAUUUAAAAAAGAAUUUGUAAA